GGCGUCGUGGGCGGGGCUGAAGUCCAGUUUCUGCGCUCUGUCAUGGAAGCCCGAGUUGGGAGUUCUUCCUAGUGAAGGCGGAGAAAAGAAGGAAGCAAGGAAGGUCUUGUCAAAGGGUUUUUUUUUUGGGCGAAAUACCAUGCUCUUGCCAGCCUGCAGGGUUUCCCGUCCAGCAUGUCGUUGUCUGUAUGUAUUAAAGUCAACAAGAAAACACUGCCUCCUGCCUUUUAGCACAGUACGAUGGGCUUCUACUACUGUGCCUCGUAUCACCACUCACUAUUCUAUACAUCCCCGGGACAAAGACCAACGAUGGGAAGGGGUGAGCAUGGAAAGAUUUGCAGAGGAAGCUGAUGUUGUUAUAGUUGGAGCAGGUCCUGCAGGACUCGCAGCAGCUAUUCGACUCAAGCAGUUAGCCCAGGAACAUGGCAAAGAAAUUCGCGUGUGCCUUGUGGAAAAAGCUUCUCAGAUUGGUGCACAUACGCUUUCCGGAGCUUGCCUUGAGCCACGUGCCUUGGAAGAACUUUUCCCAGACUGGAAAGAGCGAGGGGCUCCGUUACAUACUCCUGUAACAGAAGACAAGUUUGGAAUACUAACAGAGAAGUCUAGAAUUCCAGUUCCCAUUCUUCCAGGACUUCCCAUGGUUAAUCAUGGGAAUUACAUAGUUCGCCUGGGACAUUUUGUGAGUUGGUUGGGUGAACAAGCAGAGGCACUUGGAGUUGAAAUCUAUCCAGGCUAUGCAGCAGCUGAGGUUCUUUUUAAUGAAGAUGGUAGUGUGAAAGGGAUUGCCACAAAUGAUGUUGGUAUCCAUAAGGAUGGGGCACCUAAGGCUACAUUUGAAAGAGGCUUGGAACUUCAUGCCAAAGUCACGUUGUUUGGAGAAGGCUGUCAUGGGCAUCUCGCAAAACAGUUGUAUAACAAAUACAAUUUAAGGGAGAAUUGCCAGCCUCAGACAUAUGGCAUUGGGCUUAAAGAGCUUUGGCUUAUUGAUGAAAAUAAAUGGAAAGCAGGAAAAGUAGAGCACACUGUUGGCUGGCCUUUGGACAGGCGUACAUAUGGAGGAUCUUUUCUUUACCAUCUAAAUGAAGGUGAACCACUGGUAGCGCUUGGAUUUGUGGUUGGUUUGGAUUAUCAAAAUCCAUAUUUGAGCCCAUUUAAGGAAUUUCAAAGAUGGAAGCAUCAUCCCAGUGUACAGCCUACUUUAGAAGGCGGUAAAAGGAUUGCUUAUGGUGCCCGAGCUCUUAAUGAAGGUGGAUUCCAGUCCAUCCCCAAACUCACCUUUCCAGGUGGAGUCCUUAUUGGCUGCAGCCCAGGUUUCAUGAAUGUUCCAAAGAUUAAAGGUACACACACAGCAAUGAAAAGUGGCAUGCUGGCUUCAGAAGCCAUUUUCAAUCAACUAACAAACGAAAAUCUUCAAUCAAAAACAAUAGGUCUUUAUGUGCCUGAAUAUGAAGAAAAUCUAAAGAAAUCAUGGGUAUGGAAAGAGCUCUAUUCAGUUAGGAAUAUUCGUCCUUCCUGUCAUAGUGUUCUGGGUUUGUAUGGAGGAAUGAUUUACACUGGCUUGUUUUACUGGAUACUAAGAGGAAAGGAGCCUUGGACCCUAAAACAUCCAGGAACAGAUGCAAAGCAGCUAAAGCCAGCCAAAGAUUGCACGCCUAUUGAAUACCCCAAACCUGAUGGGAAAAUCAGUUUUGACUUGCUUUCAUCAGUGGCUUUGAGUGGUACAAAUCAUGAGCAUGACCAGCCACCUCAUUUGACUCUGAAGGAUGACCGUGUUCCCGUCAACCAUAACUUAGCUAUAUAUGAUGGUCCCGAGCAACGAUUCUGCCCUGCAGGAGUUUAUGAAUAUGUUCCUGUGGAAAGUGGAGAAGGUUUACGGUUGCAAAUAAAUGCUCAGAACUGUGUCCACUGCAAGACAUGUGACAUUAAAGAUCCAAGCCAAAAUAUUAAUUGGGUUGUACCUGAAGGUGGAGGAGGACCGGCUUAUAAUGGAAUGUAGUGUUGAUCAACAUGGAAAGGAUAUCCUUGCCACUGCUGCAAAAUCAGUGUCCUCAGAUUAAUAUCCUGUUCGAGAAUGAACUUGGUGCCUUAAGCAGUACGUCCAAAGGCAGUACGUCCAGGUGCACUAGCCUUAUUUGAGUGUACAAAAAAGUAUGGAAAUGUGAGGUGAGACUCGUAUGAAUACAUUGCAGUGCGGUUUGCCAAAACUUCAGUACAAAUAAUGGACAUAAUGAAGAAUGUGAAAACAGAUAUCAAAUUCUCUAAACUGUUUGGCGUCUUUCUUUUUCAUAAAUUUUAUUGACUUUGAUCUUAACAGCUUGGAGAACACUACAACAGAUUUCAAUGCUGUGAAAGGGAAGACAAUGAACCAUCUGACAUAACUUCAUUUUGUUAAGUAAUAAAUACUUUCACAACACGAA